CAGCUGACAGUAGUAACCAACCAGCGGGUGUAACAUAUCAACUGAAGAGACACUGAACGGAGGAAAAAAAGACCAUCCUCUCUCUAUACUUUCCGUUUCUGCAGCGGAGAACCGGACAGCCCUUGUCCCCAGAUACCCGGCCACGUCUUCCCGCCUUCCGCAGGAUGAGUGUCGGUGCUCCGAGAGGCCUGGCCAGCUCGGGGCAGAAGCCCAUCACGGAGAUCCUCCACCCGCUAUCCGCCGCCGAGGAUCAGCUCUCCGGCACCGUCAGCGUCGGAGGGGACAAGUCCACGCAGGAAGCCGGGCUGACCAACGGCACGCCGGUCGAGACGUCGAGUCCCGCCUCCACCUCGUCGCUGUUCAACAGGCUGCAGCUGGAAGACGAUCUGGAGGCAGAUGUCCGGGACCCCUACGCAGAAACCACAGAGACCCGUGACCUGUUCGUCACGGUUGACGAGCCAAAGAAGCACGUGUCCACCAUGGAGACCUACAUCACCUACAGAGUCUCCACCAAGACAUCACGGGUAGAGUUUGACCUGCCGGACUACUGUUUGCGACGGCGCUACCAGGACUUUGACUGGCUGAGGAUCAAGUUGGAAGACAGCCAGCCGACCCACCUCAUCCCCCCGCUGCCAGAGAAGUUCGUGAUGAAGGGCGUGGUGGAUCGUUUUUCAGAGGAGUUUGUGGAGACGAGGAUGAAGGCCCUGGACAAGUUCCUGAAGCGAGUUUCCGACCACCCCGUACUCUCCUUCAACCCACAUCUAAACACUUUCCUCACUGCCAAGGACCUGAACAAGCGUCAGGGUCUGGCCCUGCUGACCAAGGUGGGCGAGUCGGUGAAGCACGCGGCCGGAGGCUACAAGCUGCGGGCGCGGCCGGCCGAGUUCUGCGCCAUGGGAGAAUACCUGGACACCUUCAACCAGAAACUGGGAACCAUCGACCGCAUCGCUCAGAGGAUCCUCAAAGAGCAGUCGGAGUACCUGACGGAGCUUCGUGAGUACGGCACCGUGUACUCCAGCUGGGUGGGAUCAGAGGAGGAGCUGCGGCGCCCCCUGGAGGGCGUGAGCGGCAGCGUGACAUCGUGCUGCGGAGCGCUGGAGGACCUGGGCGAGGGCAUGAGCCAGGACUUCCUGCCCGUACUCCGAGAGUACGUCCUCUACGUAGAGUCCAUGAAGAAUGUUUUGAGGAAGCGAGACCAGAGCCAGGCGGAGUACGAGGGCCGACUAGAAGCAGCCAUAAUACGCAAACAGGAGGACAGAACGCCAAUGCCAGUCGAGGUAGAGAAGUGCCAGGACAAAGUGGAGUGUUUCAACGCCGACCUGAAGGCAGACUGGGAGCGCUGGCAGAGCAACAAGAGGCAAGACUUCAAACAGCUUCUCACCGGCAUGGCCGACAAAAACGUCAACCACUAUGAAAAGUGCCAAGCAGCGUGGGAGUCGCUCAUAACUCUCCUCCAGGACAAACAGACUGAAGACAAAACGAGCGAGACAAACUGAAACCUCCCCUCAUGCCGUUGCCCCCCCCCUUUCUCUCUCUCUCUCUCUCUCUGUAUAACACACACUCUCAUGCCAAGGACCAACCAGGCAGCAGAUUUGAACUGCUGGACUUUGCCUCUGUUCUCCGGUGAGAUGAUUGUACAGAGGGGAGUCAUCUCUCUCAGAGAUUUGACCUGCAAAGUUGGUAACAAAUGGUGCAUCCUGGGACAUUUGGGAACGAGGAGAGACCUGCUCUGUAUUGACAUUUUCCUUCGGUUUUUUUUGUUUGUUUUUUCUUCGUUCCUAAUGACCUUUUCUACUUCUGUAUACGACUGUAUUUCCAACUACAGUCGGUUGCCAAUGCUCCUGGUGUUUAUUUAACCACAGUCUCGGAGAGGCAUGUUUUCUGUCUGUUCGCUACAAAUGUGAAGGAUAACUCUUCAGCGUUGAAGAAAACCGAUAAGAUCACGAAAUGUUGCGUGAGUGUGAAGUAUGAAGUAGUAUUCAGAGCAUCCCCAAGAUUUACUUUCCCCCCCUGUCAGGAUGUAAAACCCUUCUAAGCUGUAACACUGAAACAAUACUCCUUCAUCUCUUAAAGGCCCCGAAUAGACUGUAAAUUACAAUCCAACAUUUUAUACUUAAUUUAAAGGAUCAUACCUUUUUUUCCAAGAGUUCCUAAUUUCCCCGCAACCAUUAUCAUGAAAAUCAUCUUGCGGUGACUCGAAACUACCUGUGUCAUCAGAGCUUUUAAAUAGACACGAAACAAGUGUGGGUGUCUGAGAUGAAUGUGGAGCUUUAUCAGGGAGGUGAUUUAGUUAGUGGUCAUUGUGUGCUGUUGUAGCAGCACCACCUGGUGGUUAAGAUUGAUAACAGUUUUCAUACUUUAACAAAACCGGUGGCUCAACAGUGUGCUGCUUCUGUUGGUUUCUCAUGAUGUCACCUUUUGUUUUUUUGCUCCAGCCGUUUAUACCUGCUGUGGGGAUUUCACCUCUCUUCUUCAAGCAAACACUUUCAGUUAGUUCAGGAUGCUAAUUGGCGCAACAGGCAGAUUUACCCAAUGGAAUGAACACAAGUUCAGAGUGUAAUUUAUUCUUUUGGAACAAAUGAAAACAAUCGGCUGUCAACUUUUUUUUCGUGGAACUUUUUUGAGUCAAAAGUCAUUUCUUUUGCAGUAAUCUGCCUCAGUGACACUCAGUUAGAGAACAUUUCUAAAAACUCAAACAUGGGAACAUGUGGCGUUUAUGCACCCCAUCAACAACAUCUGUGUCUUGAAGGCUGCAUAUGAUCUGAAAACACCUUCAGAAAAGAGUGCAGAGUUUAGAACUUCUGCCUCGAGCGCUGUGCCUUUUCUGCGCUUCUGAACUUCUUUGAAAAGCGCCGGUGAUGUCAUUAUAAGUACAGAACAUAGAGGAGAAGCUUGUUUUGGCUAUCCUGAGAUUUAUAUGUCAGACCGACACUUUCAUUAGAAAUUACCAAAAAGCCCAUUCAGACAAGGGUCCUUAACACAAACCUGCUUUCUUAAGUGAUUUCAGCCACAGCGGAUAGAUGCAGCGUGCUGAUAGUUCAUCGCUAUUGCUAAUAUGCACGAUUCAUUUGCAGCCGUACUGCUAGCUCAUUACACUCGGCCUAAAGUAGUGAAAGCCCCACCAAUGAUGACUAGGACCACAUUUACAAACCCUGAUUUUAUCUGAAGUUCAUGUCAUUGCACUACAAAACUUUACUUUUCCAACACCUGUCAUGAUCAUCUCUGUUUGAAGAGUUUCUUUAGCGUAAUUUGAUUUCUCUUAGAAAUAAGGUGCCGGUUUGAGUUUUGGGGUCUGUGCUCUUCGAGGCCCCUGUGUUUUUAUUUGUUUCUUUUAAAUGUCCUUUAGUCCGACUGUCUUUGAAUGGUCCUUGCCCUGUUUUUAUAGGCGUGCGUCUAGUUACCGAGGCCGCUCUCUGUGUUGCCAAAUGCAAGUGCUGUAAGACAGCAACGAGAAGUAACCGUGGCUGCUAGUGAACUGGAUUUAUUACGUUGUCGCUUUUGUCAGAGUUGUGUUUAUCCCUCAGAUUUUCCCCUCGAGCGUUAAAAGCACACAAAGCAGAUACUGUUUCUUCUCACUGCCAGAAGUCAGUGAGGUGACACAAGAAUAUAUUUUAUAUUUUAGGCAUUUUGAAGCAGUACGAUUGAGAGAAGUUCUCUGAGUCACUGUGGUCCAGUGUCGACGCAGCCACAGCGGACCGUACUACGCAGGCACUGAUGCUAAAUUACGGUACACACACACACACACACACACACACACACACAAUUUUAACAUCCACUGCGAAGAGCCACAGCCAGAGGUGUUUGGAAACCAAAACAAAGCUUCUCUAUCGCUCACAUAAAAUGUACAGACAAACCUCCAUUUUUAUCCCCAAACUACUGCUUUAAGAGCCGUUUGUAUUCUUAUUUCCUACAUUUUCCAUCCGUUGUUAUGUUUAUUGUCACAACUAGUAUAAAAAGAUGUUUUUUUUUUUUUUCUAAAUGGUUCAUCCAAACCUCACAGACAGAGUCACUGUUAUUAAAUUAGCAGCAGCAGGGAUUCAUCACUAUCAGGCAAAGUUAAAGGCACCCUGUAGAGUUUCUGACCACUAGAAGCACUACGGAGCCGUGUUUCUGCGUUUGUAUCUCAAGAAAACACACAAAGACAGAGAUUGAAUGUGAACAUAACUUUGUUUACAAGAAAACUCCACUAGGCAGCUUUGAAAACAGAUUGUUUUAUCAGACUUAUAUCAGUUUAACCUUUUUUUUUUCAUAUUAGCACACUGCACUCUGGAACCCCAUGAGAAAUAAGACAGGAAGAAGUUUAAUUUUCCAUAUUUCAACCAAUAACUAAUGUUUACUGUAACUCAAAUACGUUUUAAUAUAUUGACUUGAUAAAGAGCAAAGGAAAAAUACAUGUAGCAAACCCUCUAUUGGAGCAUAAAAAGCGACUUAGGUCACUUUUCUUUUAGUUGUUUUUUAUUUACUGGAUGAGAUCUGUUUAUUGCUGAGCAAUGUGAAUUGUGGCAGUGUGUGUUUUUUUUUAGUUUGUUUUUUUUAAAUAGGCAUUGGGCCAUCUGUAGACUGUCCUGCUGAGGUGACCUGAGCAUGAGCAUAGAUUUGAAAUUUAUUUUUUCUCUAAUGACAGCAUACUGUAUAUUCAAUAUAUCCAAAUGUGCAGCUGAAUUAUACGGUACAGCUGAGUCUAUUUUUGUAUAAAACAAGCUCGUUGAGAUAUCAUUCAAGAUCAUCGUCAAGAUCAUUGUUCGGUUUUCCAAUGAGUACGUGAAGAUUACAACAACACGAUUUUGUAGAUGCAUCUCGUAUAAACAAAAUGAGAAAUGAAACAUUUAUUUGUUAUUUGUUUUUAAUACUCAUUGGAACCCCAACAAUGGUUCUCAGAUACAUUUAGUUAUUCUCACUCGUAGCCAUUGUAAAAUCCCCAUCUCCUAACUGUGUGCCUGCUGAUUUACUUUUGCACUAUAUAUGUAGCUCCAACUCCAACUAAACAACUAAAUAAGCUUUCUUUUAGUUGCCAAAUGUGACAAUUAAUAGUCUGGUGGGUUGACUUGGUUCUGUGAUGUUAGGAGAGGCAUUGUCUGCAAAGCUGAUUCAGGUAAAAUCCCCAAACGGGGAUAUUUAUGGAUGCCACUGUACAAAAGGGAGAGUAAGAGCGGACUCAUUUUUUGUUUUUCAUUUAAUGUACAAAUCAAAUGUUUCGAAGCCAAAAUGUCCUCGUCUUUUCUUCCCGUCUUAGAUUCACAAAUAAUGAGGAAAUCUGAUUUGCAGUACAAGAUCAACCUGAUCAAUCAGACCUGUAUGACAGGUUAUUCGUCUUUUUAUUUCGUUUCUGUUCCUCCCCAGUGUGUACUGUUUACGUUCUGUCCUUAUUGUACAUUUCGAUGUUCAUAACAUCUUGUUGUAAUUAUAAAUAAGCUUGUAUAUUGAUGUCGUUUUGAUGCAAUUUAUCUUUACCUCGAAUGAUUUUUUUGGAUAUAUUGGACCAAUAAUAAAAAGAAUGCGUUUG